UCCGGUCGGUUCGUCCAGAAUAAGCUUCCUUCAUUCAUCUCUGCCUCACAGCAAGUCUUCCGAUUCAGUUUUUCUUUGAAUCCUUCGAAUCGGAGUUUCAUCGAAGUUAGGGUUCCGGUUCCUCAGAUCGAUCCUUAAGGUUUCGAGCUUAUUUUAUGCCAGGAACAAUGGUGAAAGUAAGGCAAUCUCGGCUGCAAGCGAACAAAUGGCUGACGAUGAAGAAUGUUCUCUCAAUGCUGUUUAUGCUAACUGUCGGCUUGUUGAUUCUUCUUGCUCUGGGGAUUUUCUCUCUCCCGCUGAGCAACGACGAUUCUCCGCCGAACGAUCUCACUACCUACCGGCGCAAGGUUUUUGAAAGAGCUAAUGGACUGGGAAAGAGAGAUGAACAGUGGACCGAAGUGAUUUCCUGGGAGCCAAGAGCUUUCGUUUACCAUAACUUUUUGGUUUGUCUACUGUAUUUUCUUCUCAAAUUACUUCGUGAUGUUGAUUUUUAUAUAUCGUUUUUGAACCGAGUAAUAAGGAGCCAAUUCAGGAAAAAAUAAAAAAAAUAAAAACAAUCUGGAGUUAAUGACAUUAUAUGAUUUGAUAUUCUUUUCUAGGAUUAAAAUUAGCAGCAGAUCUGGUUUCUGUAAGCGUGAAUGCUCUUAGCGAUCAAUUUUUCAGAAGUUUAUUUUUGCUCAGCAUUUUUCUCAAAAGUUCAAUCAAUUCACGGUGUAGAUCUUGUUCAUCGUCUUCUCUCUCUUUCUCUCAAUCACGGUGUGACAUGAAUUUCGGUUUAUUGUCUUUGAUACUGACUAAAUCAGAGGCUACUGUCGUUUAUCGUUUUUUGGUGCUUUCUGGAGAUCUCCUUUGAAGGAGUAAAAGUCAGCAGCUGAU